CAAGGCAGCCGGAGAAGGAACCGUAUCUCUUCUCGGAGGUCCCAGGUUCCUCGUGGCCCAUGGCUCCCUCCCCCCUCCCCCAGGUCACCAGGCGCAGAGCCUGCCAGCUUUGGGGGCUGACCCUGGGGGUCCUGACUUCCCUCCUCCUGUUCCUCAGCUGGCACAAGGAGCAGCUGGCCCCCAGCACCCCUGCCCCCUCCACUGCCACCCACAAAGAGACCAUCACCCUGGACGAUGGGACCCUCGCCUUCUGCCUCAACCGAAGCCUCUACGAAGCCCACUUCCCUCACCUGCAGCUCUACCGGUGCCGGGAGGUGAUUGCCCAGGACGGCUUGUGCCAGGGACCCUUCCAUCCCCCCCUGCUGCUCCUGGCUAUCAAAUCCCAUCCGGCUUCCACCGGCAGGAGGGCCACCCUGAGACACACCUGGGCCCAGGCGGCGGAGGUGGGGGGCUUCCGGCUGCAGCCCCUCUUCCUCCUGGCGGCCACCCCCAAGCAGAAGCAGCUGGAGCUGGUGGCACGGGAGAGCCACACCUUUGGAGACAUCCUGAUGUGGGAUUUCGUGGAAUCCCACCACAACCUCUCCCUCAAGGAGCGCUGCUUCCUCCAGUGGGUGCACGGGCACUGCCAGCAGGCGGCCUUCGUCUUCAAAGGGGACGACGACCUCUUUGUGAACCCCAAGAUGCUGACCGAUUACCUCCGCCGGACGCCCAACGCCUCCCACUUCAUCCACGGCAACAUCCGGGUCCACUCGGCAGUCAUGAGGUGGAGCAAGUACGCCGUCUCGAGGGAUUUCUACCCCAUGGACAAGUACCCCAACUUUGCCUCCGGAGGGGGGUUCAUCAUGUCGCAUCAGGGGCUGGCUGCCCUCUACCGAGCCUCGCUGGAGCUGCCCGUCUUCCCCCUGGAUGACGUCUACCUGGGCUUCCUGACGCUGGCAGCCAAGAUCCCCCACCGGCACGACCAGGUCUUCCGCGUCUGGGGCAUCCCCAAGGAUGAGCUCUCGGCCUACCAGCACUCCAUUUGCAUCCACGGGGUCAGCCUGGAGAGGAUGGAGGAAGUCUGGAAGCAGCUGGAGAGCCCCUUUUGGACCUGGUCUUAAUGCCUGCAGACAGACCAGUCCUCCCGCCCGACUGGUGGAUGGAACAGGUUCUUGGUAGCCUCCGGGCCGGAGAAGCACCUUGACCAAAAGGCUGGUCCACUUCCGGCAAGGUUCUGGGACACAUGAGCAAGACAUGAGUGGCCAUGAGUCUGCCUCCUCCGCCCCCCCCCUCAGGAAUUAGAAAAGACAUCACUGUAAAUUAAGCGGACAUAAAAAUCAGCACUACUGUCAGGCUUGCCCCAACUUAGACUGCUAGGAAAGGAAGACCCUC